UCAGUAUUUCCAGCAAAAGACAGCUCCCCCCAUUCAACUCGACGAAUUUUCUUUGCUGGGCACCUCUUUUUCCUUUUCGUUUCGCUUUUUUCGCAACCCAUUUUUCUCUCUCUCUCUCUGGAUAUCUCGACAGCCAUCAACCCCAUUUCUUCCUCUCCCCCCCCCCUCUCUGAUCUGGUAUACUGUUGGAGGAGGCUGUCAAUACCUGAGAUCUCGUUUCCCCGAGCUGUGUUUGUGAAAAUCAGCUUGUCUAUUUGAUAUUGGUCAUCCAGAUCUGUAUUGUCAAAUUGGCGUGGCAGGCAAUAAUUUGAAAAGGGUUUGCUAAUUUGGCUUCUCCCAAGCCAAGGUGAAAUGAAGAAGGCUUUUGAUCAAACUGUCCGCGACCUUAAGAGAGGUGUCAACAAGAAAGUUCUUAAAGUUCCUUCAAUUGAACAAAAGGUUCUUGAUGCAACUAGCAACGAGCCUUGGGGUCCUCAUGGAUCACUUCUCGCUGAUAUUGCUCAGGCAACAAGAAACUAUCACGAGUAUCAGAUGAUCAUGUCGGUAAUCUGGAAACGUACAAAUGAUACUGGAAAAAAUUGGCGGCAUGUGUACAAGGCUUUGACUGUUUUGGAGUACUUGGUAGCCCAUGGGUCUGAGCGUGUCAUAGAUGACAUCAGGGAGCAUGCAUAUCAAAUAUCAACAUUGUCAGAUUUUCAGUAUAUUGAUUCCAGUGGAAAAGACCAAGGAAACAAUGUUAGAAAGAAAUCUCAGAGUCUUGUAGUUCUUGUAAACGACAAGGAAAGAAUACAAGAAGUUCGUCAGAAGGCUGCUGCCAAUAGGGACAAGUUCCGCAGCACCCCCACGGGUAGCAUGUAUCGUCCUGGUGGAUAUGGAGACAGAUAUGAUGAUGAUCGUUAUGAAGGCCGGUAUGGAAAUCGGGAUGAUGACAGGAAUGGCUAUGGAAGAGAGAGAGAUUGGGGUUCCAGGGAUGAAGACAGAUAUGGUCGGCACGGAGAUUCAUAUGGCCGUGAGGGAGACAGGUAUAGCAGAGAUUACGAGGAGCGUUAUGGCCGAGAUGGGUACAGGGAUGAUGAUUACCGAGGCAGAAGUCAGACCGUUGAUGAUUAUCACUAUGGGUCCAGAAGUAGAAGUGCUGAUCAAGAUAGGAAUCGUGCGAAUGAUGAUGAUGGCCAAUACUCUUCCCGGGGAAGUGGCGCCAAAGCUGAUGAUCAUUCUCAAGAUGGAAGCGUGGGCAAGAGACUUGAUCAAAAGUAUUCAGGGCAAAAUGUUGGUGCACCUCCUAGUUAUGAGGAUGCUGUUGGUGCUACCCGCAGUCCUUCUUAUAGUGAAAGGGAUGGAGAAUCUUCACUAGGAUAUGGCCCUAAAGCAUCCUCUCCAAAAGUUGCUAGUCCAAGCUAUGCAGCAACAGCUGCUGCUCCAGCCCCUGCUCCCGCUUCACCACCUGCUCCUGCUUCAGCGUCCGUCCCAGCUUCAGCUUCUCCUCCUGCUGCUCAGCCUACAGCUCAAUCUGUCAACAAGGAAGUCGAUGGAUUUGAUGAAUUUGACCCUAGGGGUUCAUUUACAGCUGCCCCAACUACAUCAAAUGGUACUGCUCCUGCUACAUCUGGUGUGGAAAUGGAUUUACUGGGUUCUUUGUCUGAGUCCUUUUCCGCCAACCCCUUGGCUCUUGUGCCUGCUAGCCCGCUUGCCAUGACCCCUGAAGCUAAUGCCUCAGCAAGCUUUAAUUCUGAUCACGCAUUUGCAGCUGCAUCAUCACCAUCCAUGAUCAAUAAUCAGUCCUUUGAUGAUCCAUUUGGAGAUGGUCCAUUUAAAGCUGUUCCUUCGACCGACAGUCCAUCAGUUCAACAACAGGUCACCACAUCCACUAAUUCCUUUGCUACAAACUCCAUUCAAACCCUUGAUGUGCCACAACAAGUUCCUCAGAAAGCACCAACUGAAUUUGGGGGUACUUUUUACGAUGGAGCUUACAUGCAGUCAGGUGCUUCUGGCGUGCAACCUCCUGCAAGCCCACAGUUUGCGCAACAGGAGUUGUCAAAUCCCAACCUGGAUAUUGAUAUAUUAGCAGAUAUUCUCCCACCAUCUGCAUCUGCAUCCUUUGUCAAUCCGCCGGCUGGUUAUUCGGUUCCACCCAGCCAAUCUAUGUCUCAUGGUGGCUUUUCUCAACCAAAUCAACCUGCAACACAGUCAGCUUUACCAUCUCUGACUGCACAUGAAAACAGUUUCCAAUCACAAACCAGCCAGCCUGCAGGAUUUCCUACUCAACUUGGCCAGCCUUCAUUACAAACAAAUUAUCCUCUUCAAUCAGCAGAAUCUGUUUCCCAGAAAGGUUUUGCAACUCAGACCAUGGCUUUGACCUUCCCAGUGCAAGCUAGUCAAGCAUCACAGAUGGGGUUCCAUGCUCAGAGUGGUUCUACCCAGCCGAAUCUGCCAAAUCCCAACUUCUAUGGGACUUACCAUUCACAAUCAGUAUCUACAGGCCCAGCUGCAGCCUACAUGGUUCCUCCUAGUUCCACUGGACUCACUACUCAGCACAAUUUGUUUUCACAAUCCGGUUCUGCAGUUCCUAUAGCUUCACAAAUGGGGCCUCAAGCUCCACAAAUGCAACCAAGCAGCCUCACGGCUGCAGCAUCAACUAAUCCAUCUGUAGCAGGUUCUUCUGCUAUAGUUCCUCAAUCAUCAAAAGACAAGUUUGAGACAAAAUCCACUGUUUGGGCUGACACUCUGAGCCGUGGACUGGUCAAUUUGAAUAUUUCUGGACCGAAAACAAAUCCAUUGGCUGAUAUUGGAGUUGAUUUUGAUGCCAUAAAUCGCAAGGAUAAAAGGAUGGAAAAACCUACUACAACCACAGUGACAUCCACAGUUACCAUGGGCAAAGCCAUGGGAUCUGGUUCUGGAAUGGGACGUGCUGGUGCUGGUGCUCUCAGGCCUCCGUCGAAUCCAAUGGUGGGUUCUGGUAUGAAUAUUGGAAUGUCUGGUGGUCCAGGCGCUCCCAUGGGCAUGGGAGGCUACGGAGUAAGUCAGCCAAUUGGAAGCGGAAUGGGAAUGGGAAUGGGCAUGGGCAUGGGGAUGAAUAUGCCUGGAAAUAUGGGUGUUGGAAUGGGUAUGGGUAUGGGCCAGGGAAUGAACAUGCAACAGCAGAUGGGAUUUCCUCCCGGAUCUGCUGUUCCUGGAGGUUAUAAUCAUGCAAUGGGAACUGGAAAUUAUGGUCAACAGCCAUAUGGCGGUGGCUACCGGUGAGCAGAAGUCACAACAAAUUAGUGGGCAUCAAGAAGGUGAUGUUGUGGUUGUUUUAUAGAGAAAAUGAGUCAACCAUAAAUGUGUUUUACUAUUAGUUGUACGAUGAUGCGGCCAGCUCUAAAGUUUUUGUUCACUUGUAAUUGUCAUUUCGAUGUUUGUAGCGAGUGUGUGUGUAUUCAUACUUUCAGUUUUACAUACAGUACCUCUAUUCUAUUUUUGGGUCAUAAUGAGCUCUUUAUGUGCCCCAUAGUUCUUAUAGCGGCUGCGACAUGAUCUUGUAUAUUAUCAAACAUCAAGGGUAACCUUUCUUAGGUGACCUCUUUUUGUUAUGUCAUUUCUAUAUGUUUUGCAUUGUCAAUUGGGUACACUUACCUUUGAAUAAAUACAAGAAUUCAUUUA